CUACUCUCUCUUUCAUCGGACCUUACAGAUAUACACACACAUGGAAUCAAGCAUGAAGGUUCAUCAGUUCGCACGUGGAUUCUGGGUGCACGAACCCUCCUCCCUCACGCUUGGUUGCAAGCGUCUUCGCCCUCUUGUUCCCAAACACUCCAACAACAACAACAACAGCAGCAGCGACUCCACCAUCACGGCCGCCUCUUUCGAUCUCAAGAGCUUCAUUAGACCUCAAACUGUCAGCCCUACAAAGCCCCUCCGACGCUCCGAGGACAUGGGUGAAACAACUCAGAAUGUGCAGGUGGAGACGCAGCCAGGUGGGACAAGGUGGAAUCCGACGACAGAACAAAUAGGGAUACUGGAGAUGCUUUAUAGGGGAGGGAUGCGAACCCCGAACGCGGAGCAGAUUGAGCAAAUCACAGCACAACUUGGUAAAUAUGGAAAGAUUGAAGGAAAGAAUGUGUUUUAUUGGUUCCAAAACCACAAAGCACGCGAGAGACAGAAGCAGAAACGCAACAGUGCUAGUCUUCUUGGCCUCGGACACUGUACUAGGAGUAUUCCGGCCACCACCAUUGCUACUAUAACAUUGGACACAUCUACUAGGGGACAAGUGGAGAGAGAAGAAGAGAGUCCAAACAAGAGGAAGUGCAGGACAUGGGUGUUGGAAAGCUUGGAAGAAGACAAGAGGUAUUGUAAAGAGGAGGGAGACAAGACUCUGGAGCUUUUCCCAUUACACCCUGAAGGCAGAUGAAAUGGGUUUGAAGCUUUUUUUUUUUUUUUUUUUUCUUUUUGGAUUCAAUCUCAUGACUUUUGGUUCAACAUUUUGUGAAUUUUGCUUCAAUGUGCUUUUUUUCUUUCUUUUUCUUUUUUGCCUCCUUCUUCUUCUUUCUUUCUUUGUUUGGGGAAAGAAUAAAAACAAGUUGUAUCUUUGUACCCCUCCUGAUCCCUUUGUUAGUCUUCCUGACAUGCAUAUAUGGAGCCAAAGUGCUUUGUCACUCUUGGAAAA